UCAGUACUUCAGCUAGAACAAUAGACAAAGCAAGCCUGGCAGCUUCAUUCAAGCAAAAACAACAGCAAUUCAACUCGAGUGUUACAAAUUUUCAGUGAUUGUCGAUUGUUUGAGCUUUUCGGAACCAUGUCUGACAUCGAAGCGCCUUUGCAAGCUCAGCCGCAGUCCCAGUCGCAGAAUUCCCGACGUCGUCGUCAUAUUGGUCGACGCAGUGGACAUCACUAUGAGGGCAACAAGCAGCAGCAGCAACACCAGCAGCAGCAACAACAAACACAGUCCUUGCACGAUCAGCAUCAGGGCCCACUAGAGCACGGCCUGGAGGAUAACUGGACGUGGAGCAAACGCUAUCGUUCCAAGGAGGUUGUAUUAAGCGGCCCCAAUAGCCGCACCGUGCACUUCCAUCCGAACUGGAGCAAAGGUACGGCCGGAGUGCAGGGUAAGCGACCUUUGAACAAUGGACGUUAUUAUUGGGAGCUGCACGUCUCCCAGCGAGUCUUCGGAACCUCCAUUAUGUUCGGCAUAGGGACGCGACAGGCACGUCUGCAUGCCAACGCCUUUCGCAACAUGCUCGGUGAGAACGAACAUGGCUGGGGGCUCAGCCAUAAGGGCGUACUCUGGCAUAAGGGCGUGGCAUUGCUGUAUACCAAACGCUUUCGCGAAAACCAUCCCACACAAAUAGGUGUACUCUUCGAUGGCAUUGAGGGUACCCUGACCUACUAUAAAGACGGCAAAUGCUUGGGCAUAGCAUUUAGAGGACUCGAAAAGGUUCAGGAGCCGCUGUAUCCCAUUGUCUGCUCCACGGCUGCUAAAACGGAGAUGACUCUGAAAUGUACUCGACGUGAGUUCGUUAAUCUGCAGGAUCGUUGUCGAGCCGUCAUCAUGCAGCGCGUGCGCACCGCCGCGGCACUAGAGCAACUUAAUCUGCCCCUCCCGCUGCCCAUUAUCGACUAUUUGAGCGAGGUGAUCGACGAUAUGGAACCAUUGCGCCAGGUAGACAACUACGAUAUACUGUGUGAUUUCUAGAGUUCGGAUUUCCGCGUAGGGUUUCGACUGUGCAACAGCCUUAAGCCGACGCGGAACUAACUUACUAGUUGUUCGUUUAAUCGAAGUCGAAGGUUUAUUAAGCUCUGGCACCACUGAAUUGGAGGCACCACUCUGUGUUCCUCCUCCAUUUAACUUAAUGGAAAUUCCAGCUCAGUGGAGUUAUAGCUUAGAUCAAAAUACCGCUCUAGUCAUUCGAUAACGUAUUACUUAAGCUAUGAUCAUGCAGGCAAAUGUUUGCCAGUCAGACCACACUUCGUAAGUAUAUACAAAGAAUGUAUAUUUUAGGUGACCGCAGUGGAAAUGUAUAAAUUUGAUUAUGAUCUAUGAUUAUAUACGAGUAUGUAUGUGUAAGGAGGCGCCGAUAUUCAAGAGAACCGUGAAACUUAGUUGUGCCAUAUAGUCUCGAUCGAUGAGCGGCAGAAUCGAAAUUAAUGAAUUUUUGAAUGUAUUGUAAAUUGAAUGCAAUGUACAUUGUAAAUUUUGAAAGAACGCAUGCGUUUUACUUUGUA